AUGAAUCGAUCAACAUCGUUCUUGAGAGACGAGAACCGUAUAAAUGGUAACAAAGUAUAUGCAGCUUCUUCUUCCUUUACAAUUCAUGAUAUAACAACAACAACGGCUGCUACUGGUAGUAUGACUGAUAUGAAUAAGGAUGAUGCUGACGAUGUAAAUGACCUUUUUGAUUAUAAUAAAAAAAUUGAUUUGGCAACCAUGUGGACAGCAUUUAAUAAAUGUAAAUCGUUCAUUAAACAUGGCCAACGCUUGGAGAAUAUGUCCUGGAGACUAUGGAGAUACAAUCACCAACAAUCAUGUGCAGAAAAGGAAGAAGAAGAACAAGCAGUACAGGAUGGAAACAAGUUUCAGACAACCGUCACUGCCACCAAUUUCAACACUACUUUGAAUACUCCCGAUAACCAUCAUGCCACAACGACUUAUACUCUACUCAGUGGAUCACCUGUCAAAGUUAAUUCUUUACACGAGGUUCCACAACAACCACAACAACAAAAUCACCAGAAUAUGAAAAUCAUUGAAAGCAGCCAUGAUAACAUUGAACGAGCGAAUACUACAAAUAAUAAUAGAACCCCUAACAUAUUAACUCCUAUAACUCCACAACAUCAGCAGCAGCAGCAGCAGCAGCAGCAUCUAUCAUCUUCUCCGCAAUUAGAUACUUUUCAAGCGGAUCCAGUACUUAGAAAUGCAACAUUAGUUAAGUAUGGAAAAAAAUAUAUUUAUAUUGUUGAUGAUGAUGAUGAUGACUUCUAUGAAGAUGAUGAUGACUGUUAUCUCAGUGGCGAAGAUGCAUAUUACGAUUUUGAAAGUGAUGAUGAUAACAAUAACAAUCAAGAUUAUUUCAUUGAUUUCAAAAAAACAAUACCUAAAAGACCCACUGCUGCUAAAUGUAGAUCCCUGUUAUCAGAUUUGUUAAACAAACCACCUUCGUUACUGCUGUCAAAUUCGACUUCAUCAUUUGGAACGACAAAUACAAUUACUUCUACCGAUAGCAAUACAGCAAACAAUUCUCUUUAUGAUGGCACGAUGGUGGCCGACCAGCAAGCGCAGCAUCAGCAUCAGCAAAACACAGGCGUCACUACGACAACCUCCACAACCGCUGCCAAUGCAUUGGCGUCACUAUAUCUUGAUGGAAAAGCACGAACAUCGCCUUCUUCAUAUGCAGAACUGCUCGAUAAAAUCAACAACAAGAACAUCAGUACUAGCUAUCUUUUUAAUUGGAAAGAAUCAUUUCGCGGUUGGUAA